AUGUCCCUUCCAAGAUUAGAGCUGAUGGGGGCGCUCAUCGGAGCAAGAUUAGCCUCAAAUGUGAAAGAACAGUUAGAGAAAAGACUCCAGAUGAAUGUAUAUUUUUGGUCAGACUCUUCUGUUACGUUACAUUGGAUGAAGGGCGAUUUAAAUAAAUGGAAGCCAUUCAUCCAACAUCGAGUAAUGGAAAUACGAGAGAAAACAUCAUCUGAGUCCUGGAAUUAUUGCCCUGGAGAUGAAAAUCCGGCUGAUAUGCUGAACAGAGGAACAAAGAGAAAUUCCACGAAAGGAAUAACGUUGUCUGAACUACGAAAUAGUGACAUGUGGUGGCAUGGACCUAAGUGGCUAUUUCAGAGCAUCGAUUCGUGGCCUAAACUUGCAGAAUCAGUAAGAGAUAUCAAGGAUCAUGAAGAGCUUGAACUUCGAAGGGGAGCUGUAGUGAACUCAAUAGUCACAGGUGAAAAUUCCAUUGAGAACGAAUUCAUUAAAAAGUAUUCGUCAUUUAGAAAAUUGAUUAGAACUACUGCGUGGUGUUUAAGGUUUGUGAACAACUGUAGAACCAAUCCACCAUUAAGAAAAGAAAGUUUUUUGAGUGCUUCUGAACUACAGAAUGCAACAAAGGUGCUAGUCAAAUGUGUUCAAUCAGUACAACAUUCUGAAUUUCAACUUGAAAUUAAGUACCUGCAGUCGAAACGAUCCGUUCCAAGUAAUAGUAAGGUUUUAUCCUUAAAUGUAUUUCUUGAUGAAGAUGAUCUUUUACGAGUUGGUGGGAGACUACGUUACUCCAAUCUUUCAGAAGACCACAAACAUCAACUUCUUUUACCCAAAAGACAUUAUUUCACUGAAUUACUCAUAGAUUAUUAUCAUAAAAAAUCUCUUCAUUCGGGCGUUCAAACAACACUUUCUCUUAUUAGACAAUUAUAG